AUGAAACAUUUUGAAAGCAACUGUAAGCAAAAGCUUAAUUCCAUCGGAAUUGAAGAGGGAAAACAGCAAAAAUUUUUCCUCGGAAAGGUUUUCGGAGAAUUGAACGAAAACAACGGAAUUGUGGAUGGUGAGAAUAAAAGCGAUGUUAAAAGUAGGCUGAAAAAGUGCAAACUUGAACUUGAUGACAAAGAAAUCCAUCUCCUGCAAAAGAAUGAGAAUUACGUUCCGAAGUUUUCCCAGUACAUUGAGGAUAGACAAGACAUUAUAAGUAAGUCAAUGAGCUUAAAAGCGAGACGCGAAGCACAUAUGCCAGUUGAUGAGAAAGGAACACCUCUCCGCCCUUACACCAACUCAUCAGAAUCCAUGAACAAUGUCAUGUCACAAGCAAAGAACGAUUUCCUGAGAUACAAUAACAAAGGCAAAAACGAGAACCUUUCCAAGCUUGAAUUUGCAAGGCACGUAUUUGAAGAAAUCCACGAAAGAGAGAUGCGAGAACUAAAAUUGGCUUUAUGUGGUUUAAGUAAUGAAUACAGGCUCAACAAGACUGCAGAACACCUUCAAGUGCCCAUCGAUACCUGGUUCGAUUGGAGCGAAUACCAGAGAAAAGACUACGUCGCUAAGUUCAAUGCCAUGUCAGUUGACGAUGCUAUACAAGGUAAAGCUAUCAGGGUGGCGCAAGACCUGAAGGAAAUUGGAAAGUCCAAUGAAUACAAGGAGAUGUCCGCAGAUGUAGCCGUGGUGUUAAAAGAAAAUAAAAAGUACAAGAAUGAAUUAGUGACUGCUGUGGUGGAGGGAGCCCUAGAAUUACUUAACCAUCCUACAGCGAUUUCGAAAAAGGCGACCAUCGACCUCUCGAAAAACCAAAGGUAUGAAGUCGCCUCUAAGAAAUCAAAACACGGAGAAUUAGAGUGCACUGUUAACACGAGCCACGUGUCCUGCCGCUGCGCAAGUUACAAGUAUGACAGUGUAUGCAAGCAUUCAAUUGCUGUGGCAGAGAAAGUCGGAAUUCUAGAGCAGCACUUGAAACAUAUAACAAAAGCAUCAAGGAUACCCGGGUCUGGAAGAAGAUCAAGCUUGGUUGAGGCCAACGUGAAUAAAAACGUGGCAGGAAAGAAAGGGGCUAAAAGUAAGUACCCAUACCGACCUCCACGUUCAGAAACGCAAUAACGCAAUAACGCAAUCUCUGCUUGUUUCUAUCAGGAAAAAAGAUAAACUCUAUAAGCAGUUCAUUAAUUCUAGGGACUCAACUACUGAGUUAAAAUACAAACGCUAUCGGAACAAACUGAAUCAUCUUAUAAAAAUUGCUAAACGAAAGUACUAUGAUACAAAAUUUGAGAAGGCUAAAAAUAACCUGAAAGAAACUUGGAAACUAAUCAAUGAUGUAAUCAACAAACCGAGCAGAAAAGCAGCUCUGCCAAAUUCCUUUUUCUCUGAUGGAAAACUGUUAAAUGAUCCACAAGAAAUAGCUAACUGCUUUUGUAAGUUCUUCACCAACAUAGGUCCGAAUUUAGCAAGGAAAAUUCCAGACACACAAGUAUCUUUUCGUAGUUUUCUUGGCGCUUCUGUUAAUGAGUCGCUUAUCUUAAAUCCAACUAAUAUUUCGGAACUAAAUCAAAUAUGCAACUCUUUUAAAUCUGGAAAGUCGCCUGGAUAUGAUAACGUUUCAAUGGAUAUAAUAAAAAGCACCUUUGAUCUCAUUUCUCAGCCUUUGGCCAAUGUAAUCAAUUUGUCUCUUAUUAAAGGAGUAUUUCCUGAUGAACUGAAAAUUGCUAAACUGAUUCCGGUAUUUAAAGCUGGUGAUUCCCAGUAUUUCACUAACUACCGUCCAAUUUCGCUUCUUUCUAAUUUUUCUAAAUUCUUUGAAAGAGUUAUGCACAAUCGUAUUACAAAUUUUUAGAUCGUUUAGAUAUCUUAUACUGUUGCCAAUUUGGAUUUCGUAAAAAUAUUCUACAGCGCUGUCUUUAAUUCAUCUUAUUAAUAAAAUUGCAACUGCUAUUGACAGAAGCGAAUAUACAGUUGGCAUAUUCUUAGACUUAUCAAAAGCAUUUGAUACUUUAGACCAUCAAAUACUCUUGUCUAAGCUUGAGCAUUAUGGGAUUCAUGGGCUAGCACUUAGCUGGUUGAAAAGCUAUUUGUCAAAUCGCGUGCAGUUUGUCCAGUACAAAGAGACUUGUUCUAUUAGGCUGACUCUGAGCUGUGGAGUCCCUCAAGGUUCUAUAUUAGGACCAUUAUUGUUUGUUUUGUAUAUCAAUGACCUCCCUUGUGCUACUCGUCUUGCUGAAACUAUGCUUUUUGCAGAUGAUACUAGUGUGUUUUAUUCUAAUCCCGAUUUAAAUUGUGCUAUUUCUGCCGUAAAUAAUGAUUUAUCUCAAAUUGAUUUUUUUAUGAAAGCAAAUAAGCUCUCUGUUAACAUAACGAAAACUAAUUAUAUCAUUUUUUGCAGCAAGGCAAAAACCAGUCGGCUUCCCAAUAAAUCCUGUCUUGUACGAUGAGGUUUUAUUAAAACAAGUAAAGGUAGUUAAAUUUUUAGGGUUUUUAUCGACGAGCAUCUAACGUGGAAGCCGCAUAUUACUUAUAUAUGUAAGAAAAUUUCAAAAUCUAUUGGCGUCAUGUUUAGGUCUCGUUUCUUUCUUUCUGAAACAACAAAAAAAAGUCUCUUUAUUAUACCUUAAUUUAUCCUUAUUUAACAUAUUGUACCACAGUUUGGUCCUCCACUUAUGUAACAAACCUUAAUAGAAUUUUUCUUCUACAAAAGCGAGCAGUACGAAUUAUUACAAAUGCAGAUUUUCGCGCGCACUCUGAACCAUUAUUUUUCCGUUUAAAGAUUUUGGACAUAUACAACAUUAAUUCAUUCUAUACUGCACAAUUUAUGUUUUCAUAUUAUCAUCAAUUACUGCCACCGCUUUUUUCGAACCUUUUUGUUACUAGUAGCAAUAUUCAUAAUUAUAAUACUAGAAGUUCCUCGCAUUUCCGUUCUCAUGCCUGCCGAACUAACACCAAACAAUUUUCUAUUUUGUUCCAAGGCCCUAAAAUUUGGAAUUCUUUACCAAACUCAGUCACUUCGAUUUUUACAUUGCAAUCGUUUAACACGAAAGUUUUUGAUUUUCUACUAUAUCGAUAAUGCGUCUUGUACUGUCCGUUGUUGUGUGUUGUUAUAGUUCUAUUGCUUAAUAUUAUUGUAACGAGGGGGCCUCCUCGUACAAGCCUUGUGGUUUUCUGAGGUCCCCUCGCCACAUCUUUGUAUAAUGUAAUGCUUGUGUAAUCUUUAUUGUGGGAAAAUAAUAAAUAAAAUAAAUAAAUAAAUAAAUAAACACCAGAACGCGCCCAGGCCCAGGAACGUUCGAAUAAUGGCUCUGGAAGAUACUUAUAUAACGAAAUCCAUCACAAUGACAAUCCUUUCGUGUUGCGCAUCCUUCCUAAGGACGCUAAAAGUUGCAGACAAUGCAAGACAGAUUUCUGCCACAGGGUACGUGUCAUUCCUAACGCUUUAGUUUUUGAACAUCUAGAACGCUACUACUUUCCGCUCAACGGAGACUGGAAGCAGAAACAAGCCUCAGCCAGAGAGGUAAUCAGGUACUACCAUGCAGAUCUGGCAUGCAUGAAGGCCCGAUUCCCGUACUUUUGCAAGGAGUACAUAGCCAUACCUCCUGAUGUUUUAGCUGUCCUUCAUGAGUCGCACAAGUCCUACUUGGUGACUCAUUUUGGCCUGCAAUUAUGA